AAAGUGCCUAUAAAUUCAGAGGCCUCUUCAGCAGUGAACAGAAAGCAAACAGUUUGAGAGGAGGACACUAAAGGGACUAAUUUUCCUAAAGGACAGUGUGUUCCCACUGUGCUGGAUUAUAACUUUCCUGGAAGACUUUUAGUGAGUGGUGGUAUGCUUGCUUGGCUCACUUUGGAGUUUAUGGCCCAAAGCAUUUUCAAAACAAAACCACUUCCAGGGACAAGUGUACUUCUGGAAGAAACUUGAAGAUUUUUGUUACCCUUACUAACAGCCCAGACAUAGAAAUGGUUGGCGUGAAGCCCAAAGACAUGGUGCCCUCUGGAGCAGUCAAAUUCUUCGGAGCAGGAACUGCAGGCUGCAUAGCUGACCUGAUCACCUUUCCACUGGACACUGCCAAAGUCAGACUACAGAUCCAGGGGGAGUGUCACGCAGUAGAAGGGUCCAAUGCUGUGAAGUAUCGAGGAGUGUUUGGCACCAUUACCACCAUGGUGCGUACAGAGGGGCCCAGGAGUCUCUACAAUGGACUGGUGGCCGGACUCCAGAGACAGAUGAGCUUCGCCUCUGUCAGAAUAGGCCUUUACGACUCCAUGAAGCAGUUCUACACACGAGGCUCUGAGAGUGCUGGGAUUGUUACUCGUCUCAUGGCAGGCUGCACCACAGGAGCAAUGGCAGUGGCUUUUGCACAACCGACAGACGUUGUUAAGGUGCGUUUCCAAGCUCAGGUACGACUGGCAGAUGGUGAAAGGAGAUACAACAGCACCUUGGAGGCCUACAAGACCAUUGCUCGGGAUGAGGGAGUACGUGGGCUUUGGAAAGGUUGUAUGCCAAACAUCACCCGUAAUGCCAUUGUAAACUGUACAGAGCUGGUGACCUAUGACAUGAUCAAGGAACUCAUCCUCAAGUAUGACCUAAUGACAGACAACCUGCCAUGUCACUUCACUGCUGCCUUCAGCGCUGGCUUCUGCACAACAGUCAUUGCUUCUCCUGUGGAUGUGGUUAAAACGCGGUUCAUGAAUUCAGGGGCUGGUCAGUACAGCAGUGCUAUCAACUGUGCUCUCGCCAUGCUGGGAAAAGAAGGACCUUCUGCCUUCUAUAAAGGGUUCAUGCCGUCUUUCCUACGACUAGGCUCCUGGAACAUUGUGAUGUUUGUGACCUAUGAACAAAUUAAAAGAGGGAUGACCAGAGCACAAAUGUACUGGGAGUCACCAUUUUGACCAAUGACUGUGACAUCAGACACUACUGCACAGAAACAGCUAUCGCAGUUGUGACCAUUAGUGACUCGCAGUUUGGGAGACCUGCAGGUUUUGGGAGGAAGCCACAAAUUGUCGACGUCCUGAAUGAACACUGAAUCAAAAUAGACUCUGAGGGCAUUGUUGUAGUACCUUAAGUGAUUUAAGUACUCAAGUCAGUAAGUAUUGUAAUACGUAUUCUUGGUUCAGGGGUAAAAGACUGAUGCGUAUGGUUAUUCCAUAAGAUUUGUUUUAAUCUCUAAUUAACACACUCACUAAAACCUUGGUCAGUAGCUUUGAUGAUCGAUUUCAUGUUUACAAGGAGGAACUGUGAGACUAUUUGAAUAAUGUUGUGUUAGGGGAAAAGCAAUAGUCAGAUUGAGAUCUGGCAACAAAGACCUAAACUGUGAUGAUUUCUAUGUUCCUUCUGUUGCUUCCUUUAUUGUGACUCAUGUGAAAUGCUUUACUGUUGGAUUUUAUAGGUUAAUUUAUGCGCUGCUUAUUGUAAAUAGCAUGAUUUAUUGCAGGUCAAUAAAUCAUAAAUAAUUUAUGUUGUGUACAGUAAUAAAUAUUUCCAAAAUGUAUAAAU